CCUCAAUCACGGGCCAUGCGCCGUAGAGUAGAUGUUUGUAAGCAAGUGCCAUCAACUUCUGUGCUUUCGGUACCUCGAGGACUAGCACCAGACGAGAUGUGAAAGCUAUGCGCCCGAGAGAGAGAGAGACGCUGAACUUGAACAACAACAAGCGCAUGAGUGAUGAUCAAAUACUUACCUAAAUUUGGCUACAUUCAAACUCUACAGGCUUCUUCACGAACAUGAUAGUCGUCAUUAUGAAGUAACAGGAGAAGCAGCUGAACCCUUGGUAGUCCCAACCCCAGGGAUGAAGUUUUCUACCACUGCCUACUUUCUGUGUAGUAGUUUCGAUUGAUUUUAUGAGCCACACUCGUUGUGUGUGGGUGUGGCUGUAAUCGUGUUUUUUGUGUCCUAGUUCAUUUCAGCCCAUGAGAACUACUUCUUCGUCGUCUGAGCUUCAUUUUGAUCCUAGAAAUGCUUAUGAACCACAUGUGGUAGUCACUGGAACUAUGAGGGGACAAAGUAGCGCCCACGCAUAUAAACGGGCAGUUUUCUUGCGUCUAGAUAUACGGGCCGCCACUAUAUUUGCCGCAUGAUAUAUCCAGAGCCGGCCGCUCUAUAUUUACCGCAUCCGCGCCCCGAAUAUACAAUAUCUCGGUCUGCGCGGCGAGGAUAUAGUGCGGCCACCGUUAGAUAUAGUGAAAAAAAGCCGCGCGCGCCGCGCCCGCAAUGCUUGGAACGCCGCAACGGGCCCCACCUCGUGCUCGGGGCCAUUCCAUUCUCGUCAUUUCCCCAUAUAUCUAGGACGGCGGCCCGUAUAUCUAGACCCAAGAAAACUGCCCGUUUAUAUGCGUCGGCGCUGUUUGUCCCCUCAUAACUGGAACCGGUCUCCGAAUCCUCCCUGGAUUCCUGCUUCCGUUUGUCCUUUAUGAAUCUACCAGCAAGACUUUUUUAGCGAGUUGACUAUAUUUUCGCUGACUUCUCACGUGAGCGACUGUGUAAAGUGUGUUGUAUCGUGCUGCUCACGAUCUGAAUGUGAAUCAUACAUGAUAUUGUGGUCUUGUCUCAUUGACUAUGUAUGUUUAUGUAGUUAAGUUUUUAGAUCUUCCAUCUUCCGUAUAUAGAAAAACAACAAGAAAUAGAUAUAGUGUGUCGUCGAAGACACGAGUUACUGCUACACUUCUGCGGACGUAAAUGUUUUUUGGAGGUCGCUUCGAACCCUACAAACGUGUUUAUUUUGCCGCUGUGCUUAGGACCAAAUGUUGUGACCCUCAACAUCUGUGACACGUGGCGGAACCUGAUCGAAAGACGCACUGCUCAAGGCCUUUCUCGACAAUAUCGAAAAACAGGAUGACAGUAGACACGAAAGUUGAUGAAGGCGCGCCGAAGCAGACGGUCAAGUUUGUAAUCGCUGGCAUGCCCGAUUUGCACGAAAUUCAUCGUAGUGCCGAGGUAGAUUUCGCAAAUACAACCGGAGUGCAAGUUGCCAAGCAGGUAAAAUCAAAAUGAUUCUGCAUAUAAAAGCGAAAUUCUGCGUCGCAGUCACAUCGGAGGCGUUUUGUAAGGCAAAACGCCCCACAAAACGUCUCGGAUGUGACUGUGACGCGCAAUUUCGUUUUCAUACUGCAAAUCACGACAAUAAUGCUCCCUGUAUUAUCCAUUGAUUACGGCAGCGGUUUCGGGAUAAGAAAUUCGGAAGCUUCCGCUUCACGAAAAAAAGAUAAGACCAUCGUAUUCGAUUCACUGAAUAACUAGUCAUGUCUCUGCGCUUUGAUGCUUUCAUUUACAGAAAAAGUCAAGUCUCGGCGGAUGAUCGAUAUCAUACUUGACAUGAUUUUGUACUACUCUUUCUCAAAAACUAAAUGAGGUAUUUGCAGCCGAAAUUGCCGAAGGGUGGACCGUGCGGCUUUUCGCUUCUGGUCGUCCAGUGCGGACCGAAACACUUGCCGCGGCACGAGUUCCGCCAGAUUCGUUCCUGCACGCUUUUCUCGCAAAGCUGCCACCCAAGUUAUGCGACGAGGUAUGUUUGGAUGUAACAUUUAGCUUUCUGCACAAAGAGAAGACAAAACAUAAAAACAAUAUAUAGACAGCGAAUUUUAUAAUCAAUACGAGUCGUAUUGAACCGACACAGAAAUCGCCUAAUAUCGUAUUGAUCCCAUUGCUCGCAUUGGUCGCCUCGUAUUGACUUGGCGCAAGGAACCCCAGGAUGGUCCGCCCAGCCGCCUGCCCCGAUUGGUAUACCGCGAUCGCGUCGCUAAAAACGACGGCGCGCCGCUUUGGUGGAACUUUGGCAAGUAUAGUAGCCGCGCCACUUCAGAAAAAAAAAACGGCGCCGCGCCUGCGGCGCGGCUUUUUCUUCUGGCAAAUAGAAUUAAAAGCUAAGAAGUGAGAACUGGCGGGCGCUUGCUGGCGACGCCACUGUUUUCAAAUACGCCAGCAAAGCGGCGCUGCCCCUUUUGCGCCCCUGGCUCUUAUGUUUUACCGAUGAGUUACAGGGGCUGGGCAGAGUCAAGAAUCGCCGCUAGUCACCGGCGCCCGAGGUGGUUCCAUGUUUCGGCCGUUUACUUCGGGCUCCCUCUGGGUGGAGCUGCAGACGGCGCGAACGGAUUUGCCGCGCCCCGCUCCUGGGUGUUUUUCGGGUGCCGAGUAGAAAAAUCAAAACCCUACCCGGCCCCCGCAGCCCUGCGUUUGGCGAUUUCCGGGCGCAGGGUAGAACCAAAGCGCCUCUAUUUAAAAGCUACGCCCCGCCGCAUGGCGAUUCGCACCGUAUCCCGAAUGUAUUCCGUCAUCUUAGAGGGGAAGGCCCUAUGAAGAUCGCAGCACCAGGCGCGGGCCCGCACUCACAUUUUCAUUUUCAAACGGAGGCAUGGAUAGGAUGUUUCGGCGACCGGGGGAGGCAGGAGCCGCCGACCGCGCUCGUAUCGGGUUCGUAUUGGUCCGAUUGCUCGUAUUGGUCGCCUCGUAUUGACCCUGAAACCUUAUAAAAUUCGCUGUAUAGACUUGUAGUUGCAGUUGUGACUCGUCUCUCCCGCUGUCUCCAUCGAUCAUGUUGCUGACGCGCAAACUGCUAGCUGUACCAGUACAACCAUACAUGAUACACUGUAUGAUCUUAUUGUAGACUUGAUCUGCAAGUGAAAGUGCAACCGCUACUUUUAUGAGACCGCGACAGCCACACAUUACGUGCAUCACAGCCAAUCGCUGGAGUUUUGGAAAAGCAAGUGCCGGUUGCGCAACCACCGGUCGAGGACGAUGCCAGGGCUAGGACGGGACAAGGUCAAGGCCAACAACAGGGCAGGCAUCCAGCAAGCAGAAGAACCUCACAAGAGAGCCGCGCUCCAUUCUAUGCGAAAGAAAAAUGUGCCGCCGUGCUUGCCUGUGAAGGUCAUAGAUAAGUAGGAAGAGCAGAGCACGAUUACAACAUGGCAUUCGUUGCAUCUCAAUAAUUUGCAUACCAGCCAUUGCAUACAAUCAGCGGCCAUCGGUCGCCUCGCGGACCCGAGUGAGGGAAGUAGAUACAUCGUAUUUCAACAUAGGCAAGAAGAGGCACAAAACCCAACUUUUCUUCGGGAUACCAUCAUUCGUCGCAUUAUGUUUUGUUGUUUUGGCGUCGGCGCAGUCUCCGCUACAACGCCCACCUAAUAUCUUCGAUUUUUCGUUCCUGGUCGAAUUCGCUGCAGACUCCGUGAGCGUGCUUCCUGCCGACGCUUCUCUGAUGCCGCGGAUCAAUCAUCAAGAUUAGAUCAAGAACGACCAAUACAGAAUGACAUGCUUCAGUAUCCAAAAAUUGUCGCACAAAUAAAGAGAACAAAUGUACAUAGAGUGAGAAACUCUCGUGGCCGAAUGGCAAACCAUUUCUUCUUGCGCUGCUGUUAGCGAGCGUGACCGUGAGCGACAGUGGCGGCGGUUAGAAGUAGCACAGCAGAAUCAUACAUAGCGACAGUUUCGCCCCAACGCCAUGUUAGAGAGAGCGAUUGGUUUGUUUGAUAGCUUCCGGUCUAAUGUUGAAGAACUGGUAGCGAAUUCUCACAUAUUUGCUGAGGCCUUCCUGUUUUCGAUGCAUGCGGCGAGAGGACAUACUUUCGUGUAUUUGCUUGCCAUUGCCUUGAUGGCUUUCAUAAAAUUGGAUCACGACUUGUUUUGAUUUUGAAACCUCAGGAGACAGAGGACAGAAAAAGAAGACGCACAUUUGAGAAGUAGUACCUGCUCAGUCUCAACAUUAACUGUACAAAGAGCCACCAU